AUGCCCCCUAACCCCCCCGCUCCAACCACCCCCCUUUCGGUCCCUUCCACCCUUUCUACCCCUCCCACUCCGACUCCCGUCUCAUCCCCUCAACCCCCAAAACCUGAGUCUGCUCUUGAUGCGGCCCCCCCGGAACCUUCCCUUAGGUCCCCUCCAGCCUCCCCUCCCAUCUCCACCCGCACUCGGGCUAGGAAACCCUCCCCUGAGUUAGUCUGCCCCCUAAGGGAGGUUGCUGGAGCUGAGGGAGUUGUUCGAGUCCAUGCGCCCUUCUCUCUACAGGACCUUUCCCAAAUUGAGAAACGUUUGGGCUCCUUUUCGGCAAGUCCUGAUAACUAUAUUAAAGAAUUCCAAUAUCUGGCCCAAGCCUAUGACCUCACCUGGCAUGAUUUACAUGUGGUCCAGACCACCACCCUCACCACAGAGGAGAGGGAACGCAUCCAGGCUGCUGCCCGGGAGCACGCAGAUCAGGUCCAUCUCACUGAUGCUGCCAUGCCAGUUGGAGCCCAGGCGGUCCCAGCUGUAGAACCAGGUUGGGAUUAUCAGGAUGGCCAAGAUGGCCGCUGGCGCCAUGACCGCAUGGUCCAAUGUCUCAUAGCCGGCAUGCGGGCAGCCUCUAAUAAGGCCGUUAAUUAUGACAAGAUUAGGGAAAUUGUCCAGGCCCCUGAUGAAAACACCACUAUGUUUCUUAACCGAUUGACCGAGGCCUUAACCCAGUACACUCGCUUGGACCCCGCCUCUCCUGCAGGGGCCACGGUACUGGCUACUCAUUUUAUCUCUCAAUCAGCGCCGGAUAUACGGAGAAAGUUAAAGAAGGCUGAGGAGGGCCCUCAGACCCCCAUUUCUGACUUGGUGAAAAUGGCAUUUAAGGUUUUUAAUUCCCGUGAGGAGGCGGCUGAGCUUAAACGACAAGCCAGACUCCAGCAAAAGGUUCAGUUGCAGACCCAAGCCUUGGUAGCAGCCCUGCGGCCGGCCGGCUCCGGGAGCCAGCAGAGAGGGGCAACCAACUGCACCCCCCCGGGGGCCUGUUUCAAAUGCGGGGCUGAGGGUCAUUGGGCUCGCCAGUGCCCCAAUCCAAAGCCGCCAACUCGGCCUUGCCCUCAAUGCCAUUUGAUGGGCCACUGGAAAUCCGACUGCCCUAACCUCGGGGUAUCUUCGGCGCCUCAACGUGGGGGACCCCCCGAGACAGUAAGUCCGGCCUUUCAACUGCUUGGAUUGGAGGACGACUGACGAAGCCCAGACUUGGCCACCCCUCUCACCCAUGCCGAGCCCAGGGUUACGCUCCAGGUAGCGGGUUGGAUCGAGGCAUACCCCACGGCUCGGGAAACAGCGGACGUGGUGGCU